AUGGUAAACAAGACGCAAAAAGGGGGGGAAGGAUGUGAUGGGGCAUCGAAAAAUACAAAUAUAAAUAAAGGAAUUAUAGGAGAAAAAACAAAAGGGGAAAAUGCCAAAUUAUAUGAAUGGUAUAUUAGUAAAAAUAUAGAAGAAAAAAAAAAAAAUAAUAUAGAUAUAAAAAAAAAUAUAGAAAAAUAUUUUGAAGAUGCUGAACUAACAGGAAAUGUGGAAGAAUAUAUAAAUGUUAUAUGUAGAAUAAAAAAUAUGAUAAAUAAUGAUGAUAAAAUAAAUGAUGAUAAAAUAAAUGAUGAAAAUAUAGAUAUUAUAAAAAAAGUAGCAAAUACAAAAUUAGUAAUAGAUACAUAUCAAAUGGGUACAAAAAGUGGUGUCAAUUUUGAAUAUACAUAUGAUAGAGUAUAUGAUAUAAAUAAUAAUAAUAAUAUGAUUUUUAAUGAUUAUAUAAUAAAUAAUAUAAAAAAUAUAUUUCAAGGAAUAAAUUGUAGUAUAUUAGCAUAUGGUCAAACAAAUAGUGGAAAGACACACACAAUGUUAGGAAAAUUAGAAUACCUUCACAAUUUAUUUAAGUUAUAUGCCGAUGAUAAAAAAAACACAAAUUUUAAAGAUGAUAAAGAAAAUCAUAUUAACCAAAUAAAACUAUCAUAUAAUGAACUAACUAAUUGUAUUAUUAAUGAACAAGAAGAUAUCGGGUUAAUAUUACAUUGUAUUAAUUAUAUAUUUAUGUAUAUAGAUUAUCAUGGAAAUAAAAAAAAAAUGGCAAAUGAAUUAAAAACAGAUGAUUCUAUACCAAUUAAACAUAAUAGAAAAGAAUUUAUAGUUACUUUAUCUAUAAUAGAAAUAUAUAAUGAAGUUAUAUAUGAUCUUAUUAGUGGUGAAAAAAAUUUGUCAGUAAAUAUGAUUGAUCCUAAUAAAAAUGAAUUUGUGAUAAAAAAUUUAAAAGAAGUCGAAAUUGAAAAUGUAAUUAAUGCUUUACAAUAUUUAGAAGAGGGAGUUAAAAAUAGAAAAAUAGCUUUUACUCAUAUGAACAAAGCAUCAUCUAGAUCUCAUUUAAUUUUUAUAAUAAAAAUUAAUAGAUAUAUAUAUGAAACAAAUAGUAUUAGAUGUGGGAAAUUAUGUCUUGUUGAUUUAGCAGGUAGUGAAAGAUUAAAACAAACCAAAGCUACAGGUUCUAUACAAAUUGAAACAACUAUGAUAAAUAAAAGUUUAAGUGUGCUCAGUAAAGUGGUUAAUGCUUUGGCUGUAAUGCAAAUUAAAGAAAAGAUAGACAAAAAUAACAAAGAAAAGAUUCGAGAAAAUAAUGAAGUAGAAGAUCCAGAUGCAAAAAGGGAAGAUAAUAAUAAUAAUAAUAGUAGUAGUAGUAACAAUAAUAAUAGUAGUAGUAGUAACAAUAAUAAUAGUAGUAACAAUAAUAAUAGUAGUAGUAGUAACAAUAAUAGUGGUAGUAGCAAUAAUGAGACGCAACUGCCUAAACGUAUAUCUAACACAACAAAAAAAGCUAAAUGUGAGGGAACAAACAAUAAUAUGUAUAUACCAUAUAGAGACUCAAAAUUAACAAGAGUACUUUCAGAUAGUUUAGGAAAUAAUUGUAAGAGCAUACUCAUAUGUACAAUUUCAUCUCAGUUAAAAUAUUUAAAUGAAACAGCUUCUACAAUUAAAUUUGCACAAAGAGCUAAAAUGGUAAAAGCAAAACCAGUGAUAAGAGAAGAAAAGUUGGAAAUAAAAUCCGAACCAACAAAGUUAGAUAAUAAUAAAGAAAAUAAAAAUGAUGAUGAUGAUAAUAAAGGGGAAGAUAAAAAUUUUGAUAUAUUUGUUAAUUUUAAUAAAAAAGAUAUAACAAAAGAUAUAUUAUUUUUUUCAUAUAGUUUAUGUAUAUUUAGUUAUAUUUGUGGUUUUAAAAGUACAGGAAAAGUAAAAUAUCUAGACUUUUUUAUAGAAUCAUAUAAAAAUAAAAUAAAUAUAAUAAAAGAACAAUUAAAUAAAACUACAACUAAUAACGAAAUAAAUGAAUGCAUUUUAAAAACUUUUGAUGAUUUAAAAUUACUUACUGAAGAAGAAAAAAAAAAAUUUACAAAUUUGAUUCCAAAUAAAAUAGACACAAAUAAAAUAGAAGAAGAAAUUAACAAACCUGAAAAAGAUAAAAAUAAUGAACAAGGUACAGAAAAAUUAACACAUCAAAAUUUAAAGAAAAUAAGUUGUAAUACAAAUUUAUCUAAAAUUAUAAAAAACGAUGAAAAUAAUGAAGAAGAUGAUGAUCCUUUAAUAGGAGAUAUUUUAGUAAAAAUGAAAAAUGAUAUAUGUAAUAUUAUUAAAUUUAAUUUAAAAAUAUUAAAAGAUGUUAUGAAACCAGAUGAAAUGACACUUGAUGAAAUGACACUUGAUGAAAUGAUAGAUAUUGUAAAUACAAUGAAAGAUAAUAAUAAUAUUUUUUUAUUAAAUGAACUUAAUGAAAUAAAUGAAAAAAAUAAUACAGAAGAAGAUGAUAAAUCAGAUCAUGAAAUUGAUGGGGCAACAAAUGGUCAUAAUAAUAAUAACAACAAUCCUGGGGAAAGUGGAAAAAAUAAAAAUCUUCAAAAAAAUUCAAAAGAAAUAAAUAUAAAAGGAGAUAAAAAACGUGGUGAUUUGAAAAAAAAAAAAAAAAAUAUAACAGAAAUAGAACAAAUAAAUCAAGAUAAUAAAAUAUGUUUGCAAAAUGUAAAUAGAGACAAACAUAUGAAACAUUUAUAUUUUGCUAGAAAUAUAUUAAGUAUAAAAAAUAUUCAAAAUAUAUUUAAUUAUAUAAAUAAUAAUUAUACCAAAUUUAUAAAUGAUUUUACCACAGAUAAAAGUACUGUAUUCACAAAUUUUGAUUUAAAAGAAAAUUUGGAUAGACAGGUUAUUGAAAAAAAUAAUACAAUUUAUAAUUUUAUUCAUUCUGCUACUAUGUUUCAAAAUAGUGGAACAUUAAAAAAUUUGAAUAGUAAUUAUAUUAUAAAUAAAAUGCAAACUGAAUUUUUUAAUAACAAUUGUAAUCAUCCAAAUGUAAAAUGUGUAAAAAAUAUAAAUGAUAAUUAUUCUCAAAGUAAAGAUUUUGAAGGAAUACAAGAAUAUCCCAAUAAUAAUAACAACCCUGAUAAAAUUUUGAUAAACAGUCAGACAUAUAAAUCAAAAUCUCGUCUUUCUGUAACAGAAUUACAAUCUGUAGAUCCAACAAAAAUAGAAUCAGAAAAAAAUGUAAAAUUUUCAACAAUAGAAAAUACAUCUAAUACAUCUAUUACUAAUGAAAACGAAUUAAAUCGAAAUUUUAAAUCAGAAUCAGUAUUAACUCUUUUCAGUUCUGACAAAAAAAAUUCUGUACAUUUCGAACCAUCAAAAAAAGACCCAACUAGACAAAGUAUUCAUGUUUCUAAAAAUGAAGAAUAUUUUGUCGAAUUUGAAAAACUUUUGGAAAAUGAUGAUUUUAAAAAAUUAUAUGAAUAUAUAAUUGAUAGAGAUAAUAAAUCAGAUGAAAAUAAUAUUGCAACAAAUUUAAAAGCACCUGAUGAAUUAUUAGAUAAUGAUGUAUUAAGAAAAUUAGAAUCUAAAAUAAAUGAUGAAAUUCAAAAAAUAAAUAAUAAUAUAAAUGUUGAUAUUCAUUCUAAAAAAAAAAGAAUAGACAAAAUAAAUAGACAUAAACAGAAAAAUGUAAAUGAAUCAUCUUCAAUUUUUUGUAAUCGUAAAAGUAAUACAAUAAGUAGUGAAUCAUCAAAUGAUGUGUCAAGCCAUAAUAAUGUUCGUUAUAGAAAAAAAAAAAUAAAAAAAAAUAUCUUAAAUAAAAAUAAUAAUGUUUUAGGAAACCCUUAUAUAAGUAAUACAGAUAUAUCCUAUUUAGAAACAAAAAGAAAUGCUAAUGUAUUCUUUAAAAAUUUAUUUAGUAUGAUUAAAAAUUUUUUUAAUUUGGGAAAUGAUCAAUUAUCUAUUAAUGAACCAACUGAAAUUAACAUCCCAGAAAUAAUUAAAAAUGAAUUAUUAUAUAAUAAAAAGUUUUUAGAAAAAAAUUUAGAAUCAUAUAAUAUUAGAAAUUUCCAAAUUAAUAAUAAAAAAAUGUAUCUUUUAAAUGAAUCAGAAUAUGCACAUUUAAAAGAAUUAAUAAAUUAUAAAAACAAAAUGUUAUACUUUUUGAACCUAGAAUACAAAAAAUAUAAGCUCUCAGCAUGA